AUGGUUGUUCAGUUGAAUCCACGUACUCGGCAAAGCAGCAAAAUAAUGGAAGGAAACCAGCAAAAGGUGGAGGCAAAUAUUUUGCUACUUGGAGCUGAAAACGUGGGGAAAUCCGCGCUCACUGUGAGAUUCCUCACCAGACGGUUUAUUGGAGAAUACGGCGAUAUAGAAUCCAUAUACAGCCACAGUGAUAAAAUUGACGGACGGGAUAUUUGCUUCAACAUCUGGGACUCGCUUUGUCCACAGAACGGCGAGGAACCUGGUUACAUUAGCGACCGUCAGCUUCAGUGGACGGACGGUUUCAUCUUGGUCUACAGCAUCUGCGACCGCGCAAGUUUCAACGUAGUCCGACAGCAGGUGCAGCGCAUUCGGCAAGCGAAGAACAAGCUUUCUUCAUCUACACCGAUCAUUAUCGUAGGAAAUAAACGGGACCUCCAACACCGCCGCACGGUGUCCAGCGAGGAGGGUCGACUCCUUGCCCUUUCCGCGGACUGUGGAUUCUUUGAGAUUUCUGCCGCUGAGACUUACCACGGCGUGUUAAUGGUUUUCCAUGAACUUUUUGACCUUAUUCGCGAGGCAAGGGCGAUGAAGAAAGGCCCUGCCGGGUUCAAAGGUAUUGUCAGAAGUAUGUCGGCGGUUUUCGGAAGGAAGCGGACUGAGUAG